AAAAUCUGUAUAUUUCUGUCAAAAUGAAUAAAAACAAACCAGCACAGGAAUAUAAAGAUAGAAAUUUCAGUAAUAUCUUCAAUGACAAUCGACAACCAAAUAAUGUUUUAUCAAACUAUUCUCUAAAUAAAGAAAAAAAGCAAGGAGGAAUAUAUACCAUUGUAAAAAUACCAAAAACUCAAGGAGAACAAAUAGAAUUGACUAAUUGUUUGGCGGUGUCUCCAUAUGACUUUAAAGACAAUACAUAUGUAAUAUGUGAUGAUUUUUAUAUUUUUAGCACCAAGGUUGUUACAGAAAUGAAACAAGGACAUAUUGGUGCCAGUCUUAUACAAAGAGAUUGGGCACAGUGGUCUCUCGGGCAAUCCGUAUCAGUGACAUCAUAUGAUCCGUUUGUUAAUGAUAUUAUGUAUAUAGAAUCGAUGGAUCUGGAAAUAGGAUUUGUUCCAGGUUUUCGUACAACAGAGGAACAAUUUGAUGGAGAAAUAAUGGCAAAGUGGUUUUCAAAGUGUUUUCAAAAUCAGAUUCUUACAUUAGAACAAAAAUUGAUUUUUGAUUUUAAAUCAUAUAAUAUAAAAGCAAUUGUAAAAAAUAUAAAAUGUAUAAAAGUAUCUAUCAGUGAAAAAAAAAAAACAGAAGAUAUGGAAAUUUCAUCUAAUUCAUAUACACGAGGCAUUCUUACUUUACAUACUUCUAUCAAUAUAUAUAAAACAGGGAAUUCCAAUAUAAGAAUAAAAGCAUCAACGAGGAGGCCUAAUGCAAAUUCCAUUAUUCAACCUAACUUUAAAUUCGAGGAUAUGGGUAUAGGAGGGUUAGAUAGUGAAUUUAGUGCUAUUUUUCGUAGAGCAUUUGCAUCCAGAAUAUUCCCAUCAGGAUUGGUUGAUAAACUUGGUAUUCAACAUGUAAAGGGAAUCUUACUAUAUGGUCCCCCAGGAACAGGAAAAACUCUUAUGGCGAGACAGAUAGGUAAAAUGUUAAAUGCUAGAGAGCCAAAAAUAGUAAAUGGACCGGAAAUCUUAAAUAAAUUUGUUGGACAAAGUGAAGAAAAUAUAAGAAAGCUCUUUUUUGAUGCAGAAAAAGAAUAUAAAGAGAAAGGAGAAGAUUCAGGUCUUCAUAUAAUAAUUUUUGACGAAUUAGAUGCCAUAUGUAAACAAAGAGGAAGCAGAAAUGACGGCACUGGAGUAGGUGAUUCUAUCGUAAAUCAACUAUUGACGAAAUUGGAUGGCGUAGAUGUACUUAAUAAUAUCUUAAUAAUUGGAAUGACUAAUCGAUUUGACAUGAUAGAUGAAGCUCUCCUAAGGCCUGGACGUCUAGAAGUUCACAUGGAAAUUUCACUGCCAGAUGAACAUGGAAGGAAACAGAUUCUCAAAAUACAUACAUCAAAAAUGAAGAAAAACGAAGUCAUAGAUCGCGAUGUGGAUUUAGACGAAUUGGCUACAUUAACUAAGAAUUUUUCAGGAGCUGAAAUAGGUGGUUUAAUAAAAAGUGCAAGUAGUUUUGCAUUCAAUAGACAUGUUAAAGUGGGAACUGUUGCUGGUGUAUCAGAGGAUGUAGAAAACUUAAAAGUAAAUAGAAUGGAUUUUAUAAACGCUUUAAAAGAAGUAAAACCAGCAUUUGGUGUUAAUGAAGAAGAAUUAGAGCAGUCUAUUCGUAACGGAAUAAUUAAAUUCUCUUCAUAUAUAGAGAAUAUUUUAAAUGAAGGGAAACUUUUUGUCGAACAGGUUCGUAAAAGUGAAAGAACACCAUUAAUUAGUCUUUUAUUACAUGGUCCUCCAGGGUCCGGAAAGACAGCGCUAGCUGCAACAAUUGCACUUGCAUCAGAAUUUCCUUUUAUAAAAUUAAUUUCACCAGAAUCCAUGAUUGGAUUUUCCGAAAAUGCUAAAGUAUCAGCAUUAGGUAAAAUAUUUAAUGAUAGCUACAAAAGUCCAUUAAGCGUAAUCGUUGUCGAUAAUAUUGAAAGACUUUUGGAUUGGGUGCCCAUUGGACCACGUUUUUCUAACACUGUUCUUCAAACACUUAUGAUAUUAUUUAGAAAGCGGCCUCCGAAGAGUAGAAGGCUUCUUAUUAUCGUAACAUCAUCAGAAAAAACAGUCUUAUCACAUAUGAGCAUUCUUUCUUCAUUUGAUGCAGAUAUACCGGUCCCAAACGUUUCAUCUUUACAUGAAUUAGAUACUGUUUUAAGGCAUUUAGAAAUCCUGUCUGAUACAGAGCGCAACUUAGCUUUAAAAUCUAUUAGAGAAAUUCAUCCUUCAGAAGAAAUUAGUAUAGGGAUUUCUAGAAUUAUAUCUAUAGUUGAAACCGCAAGACAAGAUGAAGAAUGUGCUGAAAAAUUGGUAGAAUUAAUAGUUAAAACUAUUACAUCAAAUUGAUAGAAAAUAUAUCUAAUAACAUAAACAGAGA